UGUGCAAUGGCGAAGGAAUCAUUGAAUUCAAAUGAGGUUGUUCUCGCUGAAGAAGUUGGACAUGUAUCAGUGAUAACUUUGAAUCGGCCUCGUCAAUUGAAUGUUAUUUCAUCUAGAGUGGUCGAGCUAGUAGCUGAAUACCUCGAGAAAUGGGAGCAGGAUGAAGAUAUUAAACUUGUGAUAUUUAAGGGAGCUGGGCGUGCUUUUUCUGCUGGCGGGGAUCUGAAAAUGUUCUAUGCAGGGAGAACUGGUGAUUUCUGUCUUGAGGUUGUAUAUAGGAUGUAUUGGUUGUGUUACCACAUCCAUACUUAUAAGAAAACCAUGGUCGCCCUUGUUCAUGGAAUUGCUAUGGGUGGAGGUGCAGCUAUGACUGUCCCAUUGAAGUUUUCUGUUGUCACUGAGAAUACUGUUUUUUCUAUGCCUGAAGCAAGCGUUGGGCUUCAUUCAGAUUGCAGCUUUUCUUACAUUCUUCCACGUCUUCCUGGUUAUCUGGGGGAAUACUUGUCCUUAACAAAUGCACGGUUAAGUGGGAAGGAUAUGGUUGCACUUGGCCUUGCAACUCACUUUGUCCCAUCCGAGAAAUUGAACGAGCUUGAGAAGUGUUUAUUGAGUUUGGAUUCAGGUGAUGAAAAUGCGGUCAGGAAUGUGAUUGAGAAAUUUUCUAUUAAUGUUCUCCCUGAGGAAGAAACCAUCUUAAACAAGUUACAAGCCAUUAAUAUGUGCUUUUGCAAAGAAUCUUUGGAAGAGAUAAUAGAAUCAUUUGAAGCUGAAGCACGGAAUUUUGGCAACGAAUGGAUAUGGCCUGUGCUCAAAGGAUUUAAAAGAGCAUCACCGACUGGUUUAAAAAUAACUUUGCGUUCAAUCCGAGAGGGAAGAACCCAAACCUUGGCAGAAUGUCUCAAGAAAGAAUUCAGACUCACAAUGAACCUGCUUAGAUCUGUGGUAUCCGAUGAUGUCUACGAGGGUAUUCGAGCUUUUAGCAUUGACAAAGAUAAUGUUCCCAAGUGGAACCCUGCAACGGCCAUGGAAGUGAGCAAUGAAAAAAUUGAUCUCGCUUUCAAACCAUUCAGUCCAGAAUUGGAGUUACAAAUACCUGCUGAGGGAAAAGGAUGCAGGUGGGAUGGGAAAUAUGAAGACUCGGUCUAUCCUAGCUUGAGAGGAAACAAAUUAUUUCACUAAUAUAUGUAUGCCUUACUAAAUACUAUCAUAUUGUACUUAUUAUGUUUUGCAUAUUAGCUAUAUAUAGUAAGGGUGAUUGCAUGUGUUGUAAAAUGUUCUUGAAAUUUGUAUGUUAUAUGAACAAAAAAAAAGGCAUAAGAGCAUUUCUGAUAUUUGGGAAGUUAAAGCAAAAUCGUUGUCAUGUGGACUUGAAUUGAGCGCGGGUCGAGUUUGAGCUCCCUAUUGAGCGAACAUGUUGAGCUUGAGUUAGGUUGGACCCAAGUUCAACUUGAUUUGUUUU